AUGGACUUGUACUUUCCCGUAGACCUCAGAAAGCUUGUGGUGGAUGUGGAUUUUAUUAGGAAUGGGCAGAUUGUGUACACAGGAACAACCUUUCCAGGAAUAGUUGGUCUUUAUACUGGGCAAAGUCCCCAAAAAUUUACUAUAUCUGCAAAUUCUAGAGAUAAUAAUAUCCUGUGGAAGAAUGCACUCUCUCUGUUAUUGGGAAGAUAUCCAGUCAGUUGGCUCAUCCGAAAUACUUUGAACAGUGCCCCAGAUUUUGACUCAGCAGUGAAGCAACUAUCACAUACAGAAAUCACUGCUGAGAUAUACCUGACCGUUGCCGGUACAAAACCAGGUGAAGGUGUGGCUAUUACUAGAGACCGAGAUGGAUUGGCUGAUGUUUUGAAUUUGAAUGCCUCUGAUGGAAGGUGGUUCCUUGUACAAACCAAUUAUGACAGAGGGACCCCACAUCCACAAUAUGACAACAGAAUGUAUGUAUUUGCACAUUCUCAAUUGAUGAUAGAACACUGCAUUAUUUAUACAUGCCAAUGGCUUAGAAAUGAUGGGUUUAAAAAAAAAAAACAUUUCUAUUCAAGGUCUAAUUUUGAGUGA